AUGAAGGUUGUCACUAAAAUUUUUCUCGUCGUUAGCCUUGCCACAUGCAUCAUUUUCCUGUCAAUAUAUCAACCUGAAUAUUUCUGUGGGCUAGAGUACGAUGUUCGUGUCAUCAAUGGAUUCACAAACAACUCAUCACUGCCACUAGUCAUAUGGUGCUCGUCAAACAAUGAUGAUCUCGGUGGACGUGCCCUCCAGGAAGGUGAUGAUUUCGGUUGGAGGCUCAAGACCAACUUCUGGGGCACUACUCAUUUCUUGUGCACCAUGAAGUGGGACGCAGUGAGGAGAAAAUUUGAUGCCUUUAAGGUUCCAAGGGAUGUUCAGCGUUGCAGCCUUUUCAGGAAGUGCUCUUGGUUGGUGAGAGAGGAUGGGUUUUAUUUCAGUAAUGAUGAAGUAAACUGGAAGAAAGACUUCUCAUGGUUAUAA